CUACAUAAGCGCCCCGCCCCGUCCCAGAGCGAUUCCCGGUCACUUUCCACUCCUGCGGACACCUCUCUCUUCCCCCCCGCACCCCGGCUGUUCCCACCCCGGGCUCGCUGACAAUGAGCUCCCGCUACCUCCCGGCCAGGACCAUCCUGUUCGAGCAGAAGGCGGGCGGGGCGACCUACCGGAUCCCGGCUCUGCUCCACCUGCCCGCCUCUGGGACCCUCCUCGCCUUCGCCGAGAAAAGGCGCAGUCAAGCCGAUGUGGACGCCGACGUGUUGGUGGUGCGGCGGGGGGAGGUGUCCAGGAACAGCGUGGAGUGGUGGGACAUGGAGGUGCUGUCCUUAGCCCAGCUACGGGACCACAGAUCCAUGAACCCAUGCCCCGUGUACGACAGCACCAGCCACACCCUCUUUCUCUUCUUCAUUGCCAUCCCCGGCAGGACCUCAGAGGUGCACCAGCUGUACACCGGAGUCAAUGUGACCCGCCUCUGCUACGUGAGUAGUUCCGACCAGGGUCGCAGUUGGAGGGGCCCCACUGACCUCACUGAUUCCACCCUGGGCUGCUCCGUCAGGGACUGGGCCACUUUUGGACUGGGUCCUGGUCAUGGCAUCCAAUUGCAGUGCGGGCGCCUCCUCAUCCCGGCCUAUGCCUACCGCAUCGACUCCAUGGAGUGCUUUGGAAGGUGGUGCAAGAGCAGCCCACACUCCUUCGCCUUCUACAGUGACGAUCAGGGCAAACACUGGAGCUUUGGAGAGUUCAUCAGCGACCUGGAGACAGUUGAGUGCCAGCUGGUGGCACUGGAUGAGGGUCAGGGGCAUGGUGCCCUGUAUUGCAACGCCAGGACCCCCGGUGACUGCCGGGCUCAGGCGCUGAGCUUGGACCGAGGGGCUGCCUUCCAGGAGGGGACCCUCGUCCCCAAGCUGGUGGAACCAGGCAACGGGUGCCACGGCAGUGUGGUUGGCUUCCCGGCUCCUGUUCUGGGAUUGGCUGAGGACUCCGGGGCCAGUGAUGGGUCCUCUUCCCCAGACCUCCCCUCCACACCUCAGCACAAGUGCUGGAAAAUUGCCACUGACCUGCCUCCACCUACCUGGGUGGUUUACUGCCACCCCACCAGCCCCACGUCCCGGCUGCACCUGGGGGUCUACCUCAACACCUCUCCACGGGACCCACACAGCUGGUCAGAGCCCUGGGUGAUCUACCGGGGUCCCAGCGCUUACUCGGACCUGGCCUUUGUCCAGCUGAGCUCCGCGAAACACCAGGAGACCCACCCCACCACCCCUGCGUUUGGCUGCCUCUACGAAUGUGGAUCCAGGACGCCAUAUGAGACUAUAGCCUUCAGCCUGUUCACAGUGCGGGAGCUGCUGCACAAUGUCCCCCACUUCCCUGGGGAGACCCAGGAGGAACUCAGUGUCACAACUGGAGGUGUCUGUUGCUGCAUCACCUGAACUGUGUGUGUGAAUUUCAUGGGAGUAAUGUCAGUAGCAAAUUGGUGAUGUACAGUUGGCUAAAUAGUUUGUAUAACCUGCA